CACUCCGAGGGAGGGGGCUUUGGGCUUUGCAGGUGCCCGACCACGAGGUGGGCCCGCGUUCGCUCUUGCUGGGAUGUGGGCUGCAGCCCGUGAUGCCCAUCUCGGCAGGCUGCAGCAGCGGCGCCGGAGGCCCGGGGGAUGCAGGAGGGGCCCCCGCCAGGGCAGGUGCUGUGGGGGGGCUGUCUCCCCCCGGGCGCAUCCGGGUGCCGGCCCCCUGUGGCGAGGUGUGUGACGGCAGAAGCGCAGGCGAGGCUCAUAUUUGGGCACGGAGCAGGUUAUUGGAGGCCGCGGCCCCGCCGCCGGGAGAUGAGGCGCCUGAUAAAGGCUGCUGCCCCGGUGCUGCUGCGCGCAGGGGCUCGGGCGCUGGCGAGAGGUGGCCCGGCUGCGCGGGCUCGGGGCCGGUGGCCAUGGGGCCGCUGCUGGCGCUGGGGCUGCUCGUGUGCGUGCGGCUGUGUGCGGGUGAGGGUCGGGGGGGCGGGAGGGGGGCCCGGGCGGCGGCGGGCCCGGCUCAGCAGCCUCCGUGCCGCAGGCUCCGGGCAGCUGCGCCUGGUGGGCGGCGGCGGGCGCUGUGCCGGCCGCGUGGAGGUGAAGCACGGCGGGGAGUGGGGCUCCGUGUGCGUCUUCGACUUCGACUGGGAAGCUCGCUGGGCCGCGGUGGUGUGCCGGCAGCUGGGCUGCGGCCGGGUGGCCAGGGCGUCCCUGCACGCCCCGUUCGGGCGGGGCAGCGGGCGGAUCUGGCUGCAGCCCUUCUGCAACGGCACCGAGGAAGAGCUGGAGCAGUGUCCGCACGUCGGAUGGGGACGGCAUCUCUGCGGCCACGAGCGGGAUGUGGGGGUGACCUGCACAGAUGCCGUGGAGCUGAGGCUGGCGGGCGGCGGCAGUCCCUGUGCCGGGAGGGUGGAGGUGAAGCUGCAGGGACACUGGGGCUCGGUGGCAGACGACAACUGGGACAUGGAGGACGCCGAGGUGGUUUGCCAGCAGCUGGGCUGUGGCUCGGCUUCGCGGGCCUACUCCAUCCUCAAGCCCUUUGGCGCAGGGGACGGGCUGGUCAGCCUGGCCCUGGUGGACUGCAGUGGAGACGAGGCCACGCUCUGGGACUGCAAGAUCCGUGGCUGGGGACCCUAUAACAGCAGCUUCCAUCACAGGGAGGCUGCCCUUGUCUGCCAAGGCUUUUCCCAGCUGGUGGGUGGCGAUGGAGCCUGUGCCGGGUGGCUGGAGGUGCAUCAGGGCCGGGCCUGGGUCGGUGUCUGUGAGGAUCAAGUGGACAUGAAGGUGGCCCAGGUGGUGUGCAGGGAGCUGGGCUGCGGUGAGGUGAUCGCCAUCCCCGGCAGUGGCCGUUUUGGGGCAGCGUCGGGAUCGCUCUGGGACGGGGGCUUCCAGUGCAAUGGCACCGAGCCCCUCCUCAGUGCCUGUGCCCGGGGUCCGCCCCACGGCCAGGCCUGCAGCGGCCCUGGCGGCGUCAUCUGCUCCUCCUACACGGGCUUCCGCCUGGGGAACGGCAGCUCGGGAUGCUCCGGGCGAGUGGAGGUGGCAGUGAGGGGCACGUGGGGCUCCGUGUGCGCCAGCGAGUGGGACCUGCCCGAUGCGCACGUCCUGUGCCGCCAGCUGGGCUGCGGCCGCGCCUUCAGCGUGCCCCCGGGAGGCUCCUUCGGCAGCGGGGAGGGGCCGCUGCGGCCGGACGCCUUCGGCUGCAGCGGGAGCGAGCGGCACCCGGGCGAGUGCCCCGUGGCCGUGCUGGGCAAGCCCCCCUGUGCCCCCGGAAACGCCGCUGCCGUCGUCUGCUCAGGUACUGUGGAGUCCCCGCGGCUGGUGGAGGGUGAGACCCGGUGCGAGGGGUUUCUGGAGUCGUCCACAAGUACUGGGCACUGGCGCCGUGUGCCCGGAGAGGUUUUGUUCCUACGGAAUUUGAGCAAUGUGUGCUGGAAGCUGGGCUGUGGAGGACUGGAGAAGAGUGGUGCUGUACUUGGUAAUGUGUCCAUGUGGGACCUCAACGAAGCACAGUGGGCCAUCAUGAAAGAAGUGAUUGAAACCAUCAAGGGGAUGACAACUGAUCUGACCAAUAGGACCAUACCUGAGGAAUAUUUUUGGAGUAUUUACCGGGGCAUGAAGACUGCACCAGCUGGCAUCUCUCAUGGGUUGGAUAUUGUCUGUUCAGGCAGCCUGCAGGUGAGGCUGGUGGGGAGCUCUGGGCGCUGUGCCGGGCGUGUGGAGGUCUAUUCCGGUGGCAGCUGGAGCUCGGUCUGCCAGGAAGGCUGGGAGCUGCGGGACGCGGCCGUUGUGUGCCGGGAGCUGGGCUGUGGCACGGCACUGGAAGUGCCGAGCUGGGCGCGGUUCGGUGCCGGCACGGGGCCGCUGUGGCCGUACGUGCCCGACUGCUCCGGCUCCGAGGAGUCUCUCUGGGAAUGCGGGCGCACGGAACGGCGCGAGUGCGGGCGCGGCGGCGGGGCGGGGGCCGUCUGCUCAGGUCAGUGCCGAGCAGCCCCGGGUCAGGGCCCGGCAGAGGCCCCGGGGGGUUCCUGGCCGUGCCGUGACCCCCCUGUCCCCCUUGCAGAGCAGCUCUCCGUGCGGCUGGCAGGAGGCCCUGGGAACUGCCGGGGGUUCCUGGAGCUGUUCUACAACGGCACCUGGGGCCGCGUGUGCGCCAGCGGCACCAGCCCCGGCACCGCCGCCGCCGUCUGCCGCCAGCUGGGCUGUGGGCACCGGGGCCGGCUCUCAGAUGUCCCCGCCCUGGAGCCGACCGACGCCUGGCUGGCCUGGCUGGGCUGUGAGGACGGGGCCCGCUCGCUCUGGGGCUGCCCCUCGGCACCCUGGCUCUUGCAGAGCUGUGGCACCGGCGGGCACGCCCAUGUGGAGUGUGAGGGUGGCGGUGAUGGCAGCACUGAGGGACACACCAGCCCAUAUCCGGAGGGUGCCAGCAGCACAGGUGUCCCCAGGAGAAGGGCCCCGGCGGUGGCCCUGGGGACUGUGCCUGUGCCCACGGUGCUGUGCGUGGUGCUGGGGACGCUGCUGUGCCUGGCCCUGGGUGCCCUGGCCCUGCUGCUGUGCCGUGCCCGUGCCCGGCGCCGAGGCCCUGGCCGAGCUGCAGAUGCCGUCUCCAACGCUGUCUACGAGGAGCUGGAUUACAAAGCCAUGCCCGAGUACCAGGAGGUGCCCACUGCCCCAGGUGGGUGCAGCCCUUGUGCCCCAGCUGUGCCCGGAGUGAAGGCUCUGCCUGGCAGCCCCAGGGCAGCUGCGGCUCCUGGUGGCCCAGCAGCGGCUCCUGGCCAUGGGCUCUGGGUGUCCCUCGCUCCCAGAGCAGCCCUGCUCUGUAGUGUGAGGUUCUGUCACCGGCGGUGCCACUCGAGGCCACCCCCAAGUCCCUGUUUAUGCCCUGCAGGUUCCCUGUUGGAGGGAUGGGUGAAGAAGCUGCCGUAUUCGAGCGGGGACAGCGUGGAGGGGAGUGACACCGAGGCAGCCCCAGAUCCCCCUGCCUGGCGUGAGCAAGGAACCCCGGAUGGCUACGACGAUGUCCUGGAUGUGCCCCAGGAGCCGCCCGCUGCCAGCAGUGGGGACAUCAGCGAGGGAGCGGCACGGCAGAGCUGGGUCUGUUUCCUCCCCACAGGUGAGAGGGCUCCCAGCUGCCCUGUCCCCUCUGCAGAGUCUCUCCAUGGCAGGCUUUGGCUGUGGGGGCAGGCAGGGCCCCAGCAGCAGAUCCAUGGGUGCUGUGGUCAGAGCCCAGGUGGGGUCUGUCAGAGGGACACGGAGCUGCCUGCCCCCUCUGGCCCCUUUCUGUGCUGUCCCCAAUUUGGGAUCUACGACCCUCCAAAUCCCCCAGCAGCCACCGGGGACCCCUCGGAACAGCUCCCUGAACACAUGGACUAUGAUGAUGUCGGCAGCAGUGCCCUGGGGACGUUGCCAUGAGGAUGUCCUGGCCAUGUUGCAGUGCUGGGGACACGUGUGUGGCAGUGUGGUGGGGCCCUGUCCCCAGGGAGGGCUGGCUCUGCCCACAGAGGGCAGCCCUGGCUGUCCAGCGCUGCAGGAAAACAGCUCCUGUGUAGGGAUUUUCUGUGGUUUCAGUGUGAAUUUCCCUUUUUUCCUAUUAAAACCUAAUCUGGUCAGAGACU